AUGGCUAACCCGGUUAUUCGUGUUUUGUCCACUGUGGACUCUACACCGCAUGCCUUUAUCAAACCCAACAAAAAGAUCCACGAGUCGCAAGAUGUAUCGACUUUCCUGACCUCCAAAGCCUAUACUGAGAUCAUGACGUGGAUACUACAACUCAACCGAUCUAUGUUUCCACUGAAGUUGGCCGAUGACACUAUACAAACUUGGACUCUCAACAGCGAUGCGAUACAAUACUCCGCUCCGGUCCGACAAUUGCAGCGGCUUCUCUCGAAACUCGAAGAUAUCAUACAAGAAGUUCCACCAGAUACCGGCCCGCGGAGGUUUGGAAACAUAAGCUUUCGAAGAUGGUCUGAAGUCGUUGAAAGUCGCGCAUCCGACUUGCUAAAGGAAUGCCUACCGGCCGACAUCUUGGACAGGGGAUCGUUGGGUGAGGACACAACGGCGGAGACGGAGUUGAAAUCAUAUUUCUUGGGCAGCUGGGGAAGUGGCCAGCGAUUGGACUAUGGUACUGGCCAUGAACUGAGCUUUCUAGCCUUCCUGGGUGGAAUAUGGAAGCUGAAUGGAUUUCCCAACGCCGGUCCAGGAGUGGAGGAACGAGCUAUCGUGGUCGGGGUGAUCCAUCCAUACCUGGAACUUGUCAGACUACUCAUUAAGACAUACAAUCUUGAGCCUGCUGGCUCGCAUGGCGUCUGGGGACUUGAUGAUCAUUCCUUCGCCCCUUACAUCUUUGGGUCUGCACAGCUAUCGCCUGCAAUCAAUGAUACUGAUCUAACUCCCGAAGAAGGCUCACUCCCCAAUGCACCCGACCCUGGCGGGGUCGCCAAUGCAAAAGUUGUUGAAAGGGAACGCCAAACUAAUCUAUAUUUCUCCGCUAUCGGUUUCAUUUAUGAUGUGAAGAGAGGCCCAUUCUGGGAACACAGCCCCAUGCUGUUCGAUAUUUCUGGAAUUCGAGCUGGCUGGGGCAAGAUCAAUAAGGGAAUGAUCAAGAUGUACAACGCUGAAGUUCUCUCAAAAUUCCCCGUGGUGCAGCACUUCCCUUUCGGAUCCCUAUUCAGCUGGGACCGUGAUCCAAAUGCGCCUCUGCCCCCUUCCACGGUUCAUGCCACAUCUGGUCCUCAGGCACGCCCUGUUGCGCCGGAUUCUGGCCACCCUUCUGUUGCCGCUACCCGUCCUAUGCCCGGAGCUGGCACUCAGGCUCCCUGGGCUAAGCCCGCAGCAGGCGCACAGACUGUUCCCCCGAUGACCUCGACAGCAGCCCCAUGGGCUGGGGCGAGAAGAGAGGGGGCCCCAAACCCAGUGCCUAGUGGUGCGACCAGAGUUCCCUCUGCUCUUCCGGAUCCUUCAAGGAUGCCUCCAGGCCCCAUGGCACCGACGAGAGCACCUUGGUCUGCUCAGUCUCGGCCUUCGCCUUCACAAAAUGGAGAUGCCGAUGUGCAUACCAAGGCUCCCUGGGCAAAAUGA